UUAAUAAUAUGUGAUAGAAUAAUCCACUUUUGGUCCAGUAAUAAGCUGCAAUUUUACUGGUGUUAUCUGUGAGGCUGAAAUUAAAGUCUGCUGUAACUUUAAAAAAACACUUCCUUACCUUUGAGUUUCUGUUAACCAUUUGUUUCUGUGACUGUUUGAGCUGUACGUUACAGAAUGAUCAUCCUGACGUCUGAAGAACUCAAACAAGCUGAAAGUGUUUUGAAGAACUUUUUUCCAGAGUCCAUUAAGGUUUAUGGCUGUAUAUUCAACAUUAACAGAGGAAAACCUCACAAUCUGGAGGUUAUUGCAGAUCUGUGGCCAGAAUUCACAGUCAUUAUUUGCAAACCGAAGGUUCAGGGUGUAAAGAAUCGAGAGGGAGAUUUUAACAUAUACAGCAUCUACUCAAAGAGCAAAGACAGUUUAAAAAGCUUUCUGGACACACCUGGUGUGAUAAAUAAAGACGCCUUCACGUUACUGGCAGGUGUUGACAUCAGGCAUUUAGGAGCGGUUCAGGAGUUUGCGGAUCAGCAUGGCAUUCCCUCCAAAGUCCAAGGAGUGAUGAACGUCUUGGUGCUGCAGGAUCAACAACAGCUGCAGUUUAAGGACAGACAUGCUGGCCUCAGUUUUGCUCCUCUCAGCACGGCUCAUGCACAUCUGGUGAACAGCACAUGGAAGUACGGCGGAGACAGCAGCAGCUACAACUCGGUGCUGAACUACAUUUCCCAUAAUCCUUCACUGUGUGUGAUCGAGGAGGGCCAGACGGAGCCCGUCUCCUGGCUGCUCGUGUAUCCUCAUGCUGCUCUCGGUUUGCUCUACACAUUACCACAACACCGAUGUAAAGGCUACGCCAGGCUGCUGGUGUCCAUCAUGUCCAAGAACCUCCUGGAACAAGGACACCCGGUCUACUGUUUUGUGGAAGAAGAAAACAAGCCUUCCUACAAGCUUUUCACAUCUCUAGGGUUCCAGAAUUCACCAGAUUACAGAGCUGUGUGGUUCGAGCUCAAUAAACAACAGGUCAGGGAUGAAUAAUGCAGGAAAUAAAUAUAUUAGUUACUUAAAGGGGAACUAUUAUGCAAAAAUCACUUAUAAACACUUUUAAAUUGUAUGAAUAUACAAUUAUAUCAUUUGUAUUAUAAUUAUAUUGUAUGAAUAUAUCGGUUUCUAAUAGUAAAAAUGUAUAAAGUGUAUGUUUUAUAAUCAGACUUGAUGUAAACAGUCUGCAGAAACACUUUGAUUGACAUCCUCCCUUUGUUCGUGUCAUCAGAGGGGAAAAGCCCCGCCCACUAGAGGCCAUCUCUCCCUCAUAAGCAUAAGAUGAUAGUCUUGUUUUUUAAUCUGCCACUAUACUGACACAUAGGCGUUUAUAGCUCCGCCCUCUUCUGGAAAGAGCACAAUCUCAUUUGAAUUUAAAGUGACAGCCUAAAAGAGUCAGUUUCAGAGAGGUAAGGCUGACUUAUACUUCUGCGUUGAGUGACCCACGGCAUGUUCUUUGCUUAUAGCCAUGCAUUUACACUUCUGCGUGCUGUUUGUGUUGCUCUGCAAUAACACUUCUGAAAUGUUAGCUGGCAGUGAGGUUAUGCUCCUCUGUGUCGAGUCUAUAUAAAAUACUAAGAUUUUUAGAAAUCACCAAGCGACUCCCCCCCACAUCCCACCCCAAAUAUCUCACGACCACCCAGGGGUCCUGACCCCUACUUUGAGAACCACUGAUCUAGUGGGUUGUCUACUGUAAUCUUUACGGUGCACGUUCGUGAUUUCAGAAGGUGUAGCUUUUGAGUAGCAAGAAAGGGACUGUGUUUGAUAUUAUGCUAUUAUGCAUUUUGGCAGUUUACCUACUGCAUUUUUAACAAGACCUUUGGAGAUUUUAACAAAUAUUUGUAAUUUAACGUAAUUAGCAUAUUUCAAGUUUAACCAGUUAAACUCUGCUGCUAUUUUGGGAUUUCCGCCUGGAUUUUGCCUACCCAAAUUUAAAAGCGUCCCAAAUCCACAUGCAGAGGUGUAAAUGCAAAAAUUUGGUUUUAUUUGAAAGAAAACCCUUUGAAUUUUCAUAAAACACUAUUGAAAGUGUUUAAAAUAUCUGUAUAUGUCGUCUGUGUUAAAAUAAACACCUAAAAAAAGA